GUCACGUCAGCAGACGUCGUGCGGGGAUUGGUAUGCUAGCUACAUUGAAACAAUCCGAACAACUCGAGCGCUCCAACAUUUCUCCGCUUUCCUUUUUCCUUUUUAAUUAUUUGUAGCACCGCAACACUUCACGCCGCUUUUAUCUUUCAUUUAUUCCCGUUUACGUCUUCAUGUUUAUUUACCGGAGGAGUUUCCGAGCCGGUUAGACGGGAGAGAGCGCGAGAACUUGUCGGUGUGUAAGUUUAUCUCACGUUACUUAAAAGUCGGCUGCUUUAAAGGCGAGUGUGUCGGGCUCGCGCACCACAACCGGAUUGGUUUCUCUUUAUUUACAAAUAAUAAAUAAAUAAAAGAAAUGUAUAGCAAUGCAGAAAUGGGUUCGGAUUGAUCCGGACGUGUUUCCCGGUUCUACAGACUGUGUCUCUGUUUCAAGCAAAGAAAAUAACAAUGAGGCUUAAAUAGCUUUGAGUACCCCGGCUCUCUGGACCUGCUGGAGCAAUGUUCCGAAUUUUUUAAAGGAACGUUUUUUUGCUCUGGUUCGAUUCUCUUUCAUGGACCAUUUUUUCCCCAAGUCGUUUUAUAUUCUUCUUGAGAUGCUAAUUUUAUAAGAGCAUGGUUCUGUGCCUGAUGCGCGUGCAAUCCGACACUGGUUCCGAUUCAAGUCCAUUGAAGUGAAGCUAAGAGGGGAGGUAAGUGCAUGGUAAGUAAAAAGUCGCCCACAUGCCCUGGCUUUGGGAACUGGAUCAGAGAAGCAUUGAACCCUUGCAGGCUGGUGGAAGAUGGCCGUGCUUCCCAGUAGGAGCGGGUGAGAACACGACCUUAGGGCGCAUUGGAUCUAUCGAUAAAGAUCUCGACCUGGACCGAAGGACACAUGCAGGCCAAAAAGCGGUAUUUCAUCUUGUUCUCCGCCAGCGCCUGCCUCGUACUGCUGCUGUACCUCGGUGGGGUGCAGAUCGCCGAAAGGAGCCCGGGCGGGAGCGACCGGCGUGGCCCGGAACCUCGCUGGCCCAGAUUUGUGGAGCGCCUCCAACCUUUCCUCGUGUCGGAUCGAGCGGGAAACGAGGACGGCGUUCCAACAUCGCCAAGGGACAAAAGAGAUGCCGUCUCUGGCGUAUACAAGGGCCGGAUGUGCCGCAUGGACUCGUGCUUUGACUUCUCCUUGUGCAAGAAGAACGGAUUCAAAGUUUACGUCUACCCUCAGGAGAAGGGCGAGAAGAUCUCCGAAAGCUACCAGAACAUUUUGGCUUCGAUCGAGGGUUCGAGGUUUUACACGUCCGACCCGGGACAGGCUUGUUUGUUUGUCCUGAACCUGGACACCCUGGACCGGGACCAGUUGUCCCCGCAGUACGUCCACAAUCUGAAAGCGAAGAUCCAGAACUCGAAUCUAUGGAACGACGGCAGGAAUCACCUGAUCUUCAAUUUGUACUCUGGGACGUGGCCGAAUUACACGGAGGACUUGGGUUUCGACAUCGGCCAGGCCAUGUUGGCCAAGGCCAGCAUCAGCACGGAGAACUUCAGGCCUAGAUUUGACGUUUCCAUUCCUCUGUUCUCUAAAGAUCACCCGAGGACAGGAGGGGAGAGGGGGUACUUGAAAUACAACUCCAUCCCACCGUUUCGGAAGUACAUGCUGGUAUUCAAGGGGAAGCGCUAUCUAACCGGGAUCGGUUCGGAUACCAGGAACGCUCUGUAUCACGUCCACAAUUCCGAGGACGUGGUCCUGCUCACCACCUGCAAGCACGGCAAAGACUGGCAGAAGCACAAGGACGCGAGGUGCGACCGGGACAACGCCGAAUACGACAAGUAUGACUACAAAGAAAUGUUGCACAACUCCACUUUUUGUCUGGUGCCUAGAGGACGGCGUCUGGGUUCCUUCCGAUUCCUCGAGGCUUUACAGGCCGCCUGUGUUCCUGUCGUGCUCAGUAAUGGCUGGGAGCUCCCCUUCUCCGAGGUCAUCAACUGGAACAUGGCGGCCGUCAUCGGGGACGAGAGGCUGCUUUUACAGAUCCCUUCCACUAUCCGCUCCAUCCACCAGGACAAGAUCCUUUCCCUCCGGCAGCAGACGCAGUUUCUCUGGGAGGCGUACUUCUCCUCCGUCGAGAAGAUUGUGCUCACUACACUCGAGAUCAUCCAUGACCGAGUGUUGCAGCACCUGAGCCACAGCAGCGUCAUGUGGAACAACCUGCCCGGAGGUCUCUUCGCCAUGCCGCAGUACUCCUCUUACCUGGGACACUUCCCUUUCUACUACGCCCCUCUCGGUAUCAAACCACAUCAGAAGUUCACGGCGGUGAUCCACGCUGUAACACCGCUGGUCUCGCAGUCACAGCCCAUCCUGAAGCUGCUAGCGUCUGUGGCCAAAUCGCAGUACUGUGCACAGAUUAUCGUCCUGUGGAACUGUGACAAGCCUCUACCUGCGAAGCACCGCUGGCCUGCGACCUCUCAGCCUGUGGUGGUGAUUGAAGGCGAGAGUAAGGUGAUGAGCAGCCGGUUCCUGCCCUACAGCACCAUCGUAACAGAUGCCGUGCUGAGUCUGGAUGAGGACACUGUGCUCUCCACUACUGAGGUAGAUUUCGCCUUCACUGUUUGGCAAAGUUUUCCUGAGAGGAUUGUGGGAUAUCCAGCAAGGAGCCAUUUCUGGGACGUCAACAAAGAACGCUGGGGCUAUACCUCCAAGUGGACCAAUGACUAUUCAAUGGUGCUGACUGGAGCUGCUUUCUACCACAGAUAUUACAAUUACUUGUAUACAAAUUACCUGCCAGCCAGCUUGAAGAGUAUGGUUGACCAGUUAUCAAACUGUGAAGAUAUCCUCAUGAACUUCCUCGUGUCUGCUGUCACCAAGAUGCCCCCCAUCAAGGUCACGCAGAAGAAGCAGUACAAGGAGACCAUGAUGGGACAGCAGACAUCGCGAGCCUCUCGUUGGGCAGACCCGGACCACUUCGCCCAGCGGCAGACUUGCAUGAACAAAUUUGCCAGCUGGUUUGGCAGCAUGCCCCUUGUCCACUCCCAGAUGAGACUGGACCCCAUUUUGUUCAAGGACCAGGUGUCUAUACUGCGCAAAAAAUAUAGAGACAUCGAGAGACUCUAACCUGAAAUCCCCGAGAGCCUUUUUUUUUUUUCCCCAAAGGGUGUGGAACGGAGCCUGGUGUCACCCCACGUAGGGCUAGAACAAGGCGGAGGACGUGGAACCCUCAGCGAGAGGGAGCGAGCUGGUCAAGACGAGGCGGAUGGUGGAGGCGGGGUUGGAUGCGAGGUUGUGCUUAAUGAAGUCCUGCUGUCAAAAAAUGUACGACAUAUCAUUGUGCUUGUCUGAUACACAUCAUUUGUUUUACACUACAGCAGGGGUUAUUUUUUGGCAGUUGGACUAGCUUGGCACAACCACACACACACACACACACAUUCAUAUCAGUGUGUCAGACUUCCACUACCCUGUGUUCAUGUUGCAAUCCUUUGCCAAGGUUAACCGUGACCAUGGCGACCUUGGAUGCGACAGGGAGCCACACACACACACACUUAACCACGCACAGUCCUGGACUUGAACAGAAGACGGUUAACAGGACCCUGAAGGCUUUUGCACCAGUCUCUCAUCACAAUGCAUGAUGGGGAAACGUUCUCUAGCUCUUACCUGCAUGCUCGUCUCAUCAGCCUUCAGUCCUGGUCCAUGCUUCAGAGUUGGCGGGUUUGCUACAUCCUGCGAAGCAACAAAAUAACGCGACGACGUCACGGUGCCUAACCUUUUGGGGUGCACUUGGGAGUCCAAAUAGGAUUCAAACGAAUGCAAAAAAAUAAAUAAAGAGCGCCUCGGUCAUGCUGCUUGUGUAUCUGCCCAAAGUUCUCCUUUUUUUCCAUCUGUCAUCUUUAGCUUUAUCUCCGAGAGAUCCUGACGUCAAAUCGUCAGCUUAAAUAAGCUGCACACUCAUUUCUGAGCCCAAAUUUUUUGGAACUCAAACACUACAUUUGUUGCUAUUUAAGCUGAAAUCCAUCAAUAAAACGUUCUUCUUCAGAGAGGCUUAAAAACGCCAGUACUUGCCAUUGAUCGGAUUUAUUUUUUCCACGUAUCAGAAUAUUAAUUUGCACAUUUUGAAAAAUUUAUCAUGAAGAAAUACAAUGCAGGCCAGAGUUUACUGUGGUAAUAGGUGUUAAAAGUUUGUUCAUUUAUUUUUCAAGGCAAGUUUAAUAGAGAGACAGGAAACGUAUUACUGUGGUAGGUGUGAGAAAUCCAUGAAAGCUGUGUGUAAAUUUAUUUAUCUUUGCCUCAUUAUGAUCAGAUGGACUUAAGAGAGCCUCCUUAUGAUCAGAUAGACUUAAUAUCUAUGAGGUAAUAUCUAUGUAUGUUUGUAAUAGUAAACCAUCUGCAGAAUUGCUUCCGCUGAAGCCCUGAGAAAUCCGUACAAAAUCCCCCAAAUUCCCCCAUGACGAUUAUAUAAUUGUACCCUAAAGUAUUAGAAUUAAAAUCAGUCAUUGUUUUAUUUAAAACACAUUGUUUUAUAUUCAUGCAAGGAGUCCAAGUUGAGGCAUGUUUUCCAGAUUUUCUUUAAAACAAGUAAAUGUCGGUACCAAUGCUGGUUGUUCUUCCCAUGUCGAUACAGUG